AUGGAUCGAUUUAUACCAAAAAGUAAAUCGAAAUUACUAUAUUAAUCACAUACCCAAUCAAACUACAAUGAUGUAUACAAUAUAUUACAAAUUUUAGUUAAUGUAUCAUAUAAAUGAAGAAAAAGUAUUAAAUUUUGGAAACGGCAAAUAGUAACUGAAUUUUCCGACAUCUUUUUUGGAUUAGUUACAUAAUUAAUACAGAUUACCAACUCAAUAAAUAGUUAGAUAGAUUAGUUCAAUUCCAGAGAAAAUUUUGGAUGCCCCAGACAUAGCAGAUGAUUUUUAUCUAAAUAUUUUAGAAUGGGGAAACAACAAUGUAUUGUCUGUGGGAUUGCAAAAUAAAGUUUAUUUAUGGAAUGCUUCAAAUUGUAUAGCAAAUGUUUGAAUAUAAUAGAACAUAUUGAAUAACUUUUACAAGCAACUUCAAAUGUGACCUCAGUUCAUUGGAUAAAUGAUCAUAUACUUGGAGUUGGAUUUGAUGAUGCUUCAAUAAAGAUAGUUGAUGUUUGUUCAUAAUAAACAAUAACAUAGUUAUAUUAUCAUAAUGAAAGAGUAUCGACAAUGAGUAGUAGUUUUGAAUUGUUGUCGAGUUCUGGUAGAGAUAAUGUAAUUUUCAAUCAUGAUAUGCGAGAGAAAAAUAAUAAUAUUGUAGGAGUAUUUUAAAAACAUACUUAAGAAGUUUGUGGAUUGAAAUGGAAUUCAUCAGGAACUACUUUAAGUAGUGGAGCUAAUGAUAAUUAGUUAUUGCUUUGGGAUAGAAGAUAAAUGUCAUUACGUGUUUCUUGUGAAGGUCAUUGUGCUGCUGUUAAAGCUAUGGCAUGGUGUCCUUGGUUAUAAAAUACACUUGUUAGUGGAGGAGGUUCAAAUGAUAAAAAUAUAAAAUUUUGGAAUGCAGAUACUGGAAUGUGUUUUAAAAGCAUUGAUACAGGAUCAUAAGUUUGUGCUUUAUAAUUUUUACCAAGAUAUAGAGAAUUGAUAUCAUCUCAUGGAUUUUCAAAAUUUUAAAUUAGUAUAUGGAAUGCGGAUAUAAUUUAAUAAGCUAAAUUAAUAUAAGAAUUAUAAGCACAUAAAUCAAGAGUUUUACAUUUAGGAAUAUCUCCUGAUCAAUCUAUGUUAUGUUCAGCUGCAGGAGAUGAAACUUUAAUAUUUUGGAGACUUGGAACAGAACAAAAUAAUAAAAAUAAAUAAGAGGUGUGUUCCAGUAAAAAUUUAUUUCUCAGAUGA